AUGGUUUCUGAUCAUUAUCGCAUUUUGGUGAACGACCAUGAGUUCCUGGGGGAAUCCGUUCUGGACGAAAAGUCUGUGCUAUAUUUCCGUGAAGAUGAACGCUUGAGUCUGAAAGCUCAGACGAUUUUGAGCGCACUUGUGCACGAUGAUCUGGCGACGCUUUUGUCCCUUGGCAGAUCCAAAGAUGGAUUUGUAAAGCACGAAUUAAGAAGACCUCUGUGGCUCAAGGUUUUGAAGUCCAGACUGUCCCUCGACCUCUAUGGUGAAAUUGGGAAAGACGGAGUCGAACUUGCCCCGCAUUCUGACGAACAUCAGGUCUCGCUUGACGUCAAAAGGUCUUUUGGAGAUGUGCAAGAUAGCGCUACUAAAACGUUUUUGCGCCAAGCCCUCGAACAAGCAGUUGUAAGGGUGCUAAGAACGUUUCCACAGUUAUGUUAUUAUCAAGGUUACCAUGACGUCGUGGCUGUUUUCGUCCUGGUUUUCAUGCACACUCAAAGAGCCGAUGAUGAAGCGAACCUGAGUGACUCUACUACUAGUGAAACUCCAUCUACCGACAAUUCUGACUUCCAUGAAGCCAUGAGCUCGAGUUCGAUUUCUACCAAACUCUCGGAUGAUUCCGUGCUAUCUAUUGAUAGUCAACAAUUAUUCGAAUCCGUGGCCAUUUUCACGCUGCUGUAUUUGAGGGACUUCAUGAUGAAAUCAUUGACAUUUACCAUUGACCAGCUCGCUUUGAUUCCUACCAUGAUUAAGAAAAAAGACCCCCAACUCUACAAGACUUUCCAGUUAAAUGAGAUUGAUCCCUUUUUCGCUCUUUCAUCGGUUUUAACGCUAUUUUCUCAUGAUCUAAGACCUCAAAGUAAUGAGUCAAUGAGCAUUGUGUUCCAAAUUUUUGACCUUGUCAUUGCAUCCAACUCUAUGUUGAUGCCACUAGUUAUUUACAGCAAUCUACUCCUGGCCAAGAAGGAAGGCCUUUCAAAAAGGCUCCAUGAAAAUCUCGAAAACUUUGACAACGAUACUGAUUUAAUACAUGGUGUGAUACAGCAAGAGAUGAUCGUUGGUUCCAGUGUUGUUCUGUGGAAUGAGGUUUUGGAAACCUCGAGAGAUAUAUCUGCUACAACAUUACCCGAAUUAAACAAAGCCGUCAACAAAUACAGCGUUCUUCUUACUGAAAGUCAAAUACCUGUUUCUAUCGAGGAUGUGCUGUCCUGGUUAACAAAUGAAAUACAAUUGAAUGAAUCAAAGUCGACUUCCGGAAAUCGCAUUAGUAAAUCAAAGAAACUACCUUCUGCGGCCGCGCGUUGGAAAGUCAUGGCCACCCGUGGGGGGCCUUUUGUGUUCAGGAUAUCCUUGGUAGUGGGAAUCGCAGCGAUCUUGUUGAAACUGUACAUGAGAUCUCUUGAGACCCACCCCAAUUAUCAUUUACUUCCGCUCAGGUCUUAUCUCGAACAACUCAAAACUCUUAAAUUUGCGGGACUGCAACAACCGCCAAAGAUAUGGCUAGAUCCGUUAAAAAGCGUUCUCAAGAAUAUAGGCAGGCCCUUCACUUCUUAA